GUUUGCAGUCCUGACAGUAUCUGCUGCUCCCGGCUGCUGUUUAAUGAAGAUAAAGCAGGCGUCUUCAUUUCAUUGUCACUGAACUUCUGGGACAAACGCUGAUACUUCAAUCGCCGUUUAGAGAGAUGGCGGAAAAUGACAAGUUUACAACGGAUGGCCUCUAUGUUGGUGAAAUCCAAGGCGGUCUGAAGCCGUCUAUGAAGCUCACUGUAAUGGGGAGAGUAAACCAACAGCCUAAGAGUAUUGCAGUGAACCUGGCCUGCAGCUCCAAGGAUCCCGAGACGGAUGUGGGGCUGCAGUUGUCUGUGAGUUUCCAGGAUCGCUCCGUCGCGAGGAACGCCAGGGUCUGCGGGGAGUGGGGCGCAGCAGAGAAGAACAUCCCCUACUUCCCCUUCUCUGCAGGGGAAACCUUUAAAAUGGAGAUCCUGUGUGAACACCAGCAGUUUCGGGUCAUGGUGGACGGGCAGCCGCUGUGUGGCUUCGCUCAUCGUAUCCAGAAGCUGGCCUCUCUCACUGCCCUCAAAGUGUGGGGAGACAUGCAGCUCACCAAAGUGGCCUGAACACCAGCAUGAAGGAAACAACCCGGAGAGCAGAAGCAGAUUCAAUCCAGCAGCUUACAUAAACCAUUUAGGGGACUAUUUUUAUAGAAAACUCUCAACCGCAGGGUUUCUUUUUGUAGUUUUUAUCUUAUAAAAUAUUUUAUUAUAAUUUAUACCACAAGGAUUUUAUGCAAAUUGUUUUGUAGGUGUUAUGUUAUGAAAAGGUGUGUUCCUUUUAUGUAAUUGUGCCAUUUUGUAUUAUAGAAAUAAAGUAGAGUGCCCACAUUUUACUCCCCAAUGUGAGAUUGUCAAUUUGAAUGUCCCCGUUGCAACUCGCAUACGACAGAACAAAAGAUGACCUCCAUUCAGUAAUGAACUGCUGGAUUCUUAAAGAGUUAGUCACUUUAAAUUACAUGAUGGUUUGUUUUAUUUCUUUAUGUAUUUGUUUUUACAUUUUGAUUUAGCCUGUGAGUUAUUCUGUUCUAGUUGUUUGCCCCAGACAUAUGUAACACAGGCUAAAUCUGUGUCUUUAUGUAAGCAAAUGCCAGCACCAUAUACUGCAAACCUACCUAUAUAUAUACACAAUACCUGAAUAAUUGCAAUAAGAGCCAGCAUGAUUGUAAACAUUAUAAAAAGUCAAGAUCUGCAGCUGGUUAAUCACACUGUGUUUGCUUCCAGUCCCAGCUGCAUGACUGCACACUCUUUCCUCUUAUCUUCAGAGGACUCACUCUAACACUUAAUGUUGCUGGGCGUGGCUGUUGCUCAAUGACUGCAGUUCAAGUGGGAAAUAAGCACCUUGGAGGCAUGAUGACAAAUCCCACAAGCAUGGCUCAGUUACAGUCCUGCUCCGUUAGCGCAGUGUGAUUUAUAGGCUCAAUGUUAUAAGCCAGGAAUGGGCAACACCUCAUAUGAAGGAUCAUUUUUUAGAACUGCAGAAUGGGCUCCACUCACAUAGCUUUAGUUUGUGAGUUGUUUAAAGAAUGUGUUUUAUAAAUAAAAUAAAGUUUAAUGUUGGUAAAACUGUU